AUGUAAAAUAAUACCAUAGUAUGUCCAAUUCAUUUAGAAAAUUAAGCAACAUAUAUUUGUUAAAAUGAGAGUUGCAUAGAAAAAAGGUUAUAUUGUCAUACAUGUUUUCAAAGCAACAAACAUUUUAUUAAUCCCAAUAAACAUCUUGUAAUUGAUCGAUUAUCAGACAUUUUGGAAGAAUCACGAAAUGAUUGUGAUCGCCUUGUAUAAUAUAUUGAAACAGCAUUUCAAGAUAUUAUCUAAUUUAAAAAAUAUUUAGUUUAAGCUAUUAGAAGGAAAUAUUAUAUUUAAUUAGAAUAAUUCAAUACAAUUGAUCUUGAAUCUAAAUGUUAAAUAUUAGAUAAUUUAAUAAAAUUUAAAGAAGACUCAAAAAUUAUUGAACAAGUUUUGGAUUAUCCUUUCAAAUCCAUAAUAUACCAUAUUUAAGAUGGUAUAAAAUAAGUUCGUUUAGAAUAAGUAACUUAUCUACAAUAAAUAAGUGAAUAAGAGCUUCAAUAAUUUCAAACUUAUUUAAAUGAAAGUAAAUUAUUAACUUAGAAUAAUAGGUUAGGAAUUAAUUUAAUUUAAUCGUAUAGAUUAAUCUUUAGAAAAAGUAGAUAGAGCAUUACUAAUAAAUCCAAGAAAUUUAGAUGCUCUUAACUUAAAAGGUUAAAUUAUUUUCAUAAUUUUAGGCAAUAUUUUAAUGAAACUACAUAGAUUAAAUGAAGCUUUUUAACAAUUUAAUUUAGCUUUAUAAAUUGAUGAAUUUCAUAUUAAAUCAAUGCUUUCAUUAGGUAAAUAAUAAUUAUUAUUUAGGUUUUUAUUAUAUUCAAACUAAUUAAAGAGAAAAGGCAAUGUAAUAAUUUAUUAGAGUAGCAGAAAUUGAUAUUGGUAAUCAAAUAGCCUUAGAUUAAGUGAAUCAAUUGUGA